UUCCGUCAUGUUCUAUUGCUUAACUUACUCCCCUCCAACCACCUAUCCCAACGCGCAUCGCCACAACCAGGCACCAGUUUCUCUCUACAUAAAUACCUUAACCUCAUCGUCUUGCAGUUCAUCAUCAUUCAGUCUUGUCAGCUACAAGCUGUUAACUGUCAGCCAUGUCGUUUGCCCCUCCACCAGGUCCUCCGCCUCCACCCGUACCUCCAGGUUGGAAGGCCCAAUUCGACGAUCGCUACAAAUCAUGGUUCUUCGUAAACCUCAAAACCGGCGUAUCUCAAUGGACCCCCCCGGAAGAAUCCGACGCUGCCCCGCCAGACAGCGCUCCACCACCAUCAUACCAUGAGUCUGGCCCAGCGAAUCCUGCCGUCGCAGCAGAAGCUGCUCGCGAAGAGAAAAAGACCUCUCAUCUAGCAUCCAACAAUCCUUAUAGCAGCGCUGGUGAUCCCUCAUCUAGCCACCACAGCGUGGAAGACGACGCAAAACUCGCUGCUCAAUUACAAGCCGAAGAAGAUGCGCGAGCAGCUGGCAGAAACCGGGAUCGAGGCGAGAACUCAGCGUAUUAUAACGAUACUUCUUCGUCUAAUAAUAAUCUAUCGCAACCGCCUCUUCCGCCUCGACCUACCUCAUCUAGUGGCUAUGAUCAACAGCAACAGUCCUCGUCAAAGGGAAGUCGUGGGUUCUUAGGGAAAUUGCUGGGUAAAUCCCCCAAUCGACAAUAUGCAACUCCUACUCCUCCACAUGGACAUUAUCCUCCUCAGCAGGGCGGAUAUGGUGGUUAUGGUUCACCACCUCCUCCUCCCCAGGGAUAUGGCGGAUAUCCUCCACAGGGAUACUACCCUCCUCAACAGGGGUAUUAUCCACCUCCUCAACAGGGAUAUUACCCCCAACAGGGAUACGCACAACAACCACCUAAGAAAUCAGGAGGUAUGGGUACGGCCGGUGCCGCUGCGUUGGGUGUUGGCGGCGGUUUGCUUGCUGGUGCGCUGAUUACGGAUGCUAUUGAGGAUCAUGAUCAGGCCGAGUAUCAGCAGGGAUACGAUCAGGGCUACGAUCAGGGUUUUGAUAAUGGUGAUGAUUUCGGUGGUGGUGAUUUCUAGUUUUUUGCCUUGAUUGAUGUUUAAGCAUCUUUCUCUUUUUAUGGAUCUCUCUCGUCUUUUUCAUGCAUGAAGUUUCUGUAACGAUUGUUUGACCAAUACCUUUACUCGUGUUCUCUGAUUCAGUUCAUAUUCUUUAAGUUUGCUUUCAUGAGCGAUGACAAUGCAUGAGUCUAUACUACAAUGGGAUACGAUGACUUGUA